ACACGACUACGUCUUUGCAUCACCUGUGUUAGGUCACAAGUCGGUGAUAGCAUUAGUUUUUUUCCCAGUGAAUAAAGUCGCAAAAACUCUGUCUCAAGAUUAAGGGCAGUUAUUAAAUAAGGACUAAGUUCCUUAACUCCCAAGUAAAUGACGAAGCAGUGUUGUGUUAAUCGUCUUCUCUGCGAGAAAGACGAAAAGUACCGAGACUGAGAGGGAGAGGGAGAGAGAGAGUGAGCGAUGUAUUGCCAGAUAUAACUCGGACACAAGGCUAUUUUAAUCUCAGUUUGUCCCCGGGAGCGGAAGAAGAGGUUUCCUCGCCGUGUAAAAUUCUCACGAGAAUGUAAUUGUUUGUGUGGGAAUGGAAGAAGUUUUGGGGGAUUUGUCUGGAGUGAAUCACGUGUUUGUUUGGGUUCCUUAUAGUUUACUACCUAGGUAGUAUAAGCCAUUGACCGAUAUCCUUUCGUUGCUACGGAGGCUGCAGUUGCAAUUUUUGUACAGCCAUUCUUAGAUGGGUUGGUGUGAUUAGGUUAUCGGGUCAACUUUGCCCCUUGUCAUAUAGGAGGCGAUGGGUUUUAGGCUACACGAAUAGUAGUUCGAUGUUUAAUGAAUUCCUUGGACAGGUUAGGUUAAGAUUUAUCCAGGACAAGUCAGGUCAGAUCAAGGAAUCCCACUCACACAGUAGUGCCUUCAGUAUUAUGGUGUUGCAUCGUCUAACAAAAGCCCAAUCUUAAUUACUCCUAGCCUAACUACUACUGCUGAGAAUUCAUAGCUACCUAUAUAGAUUAGGUCAGUUGUGGUCUUUUGAGGAUACCUUGCUCGUGACAGUAUUUGAAGCCGGGACUUUAAAACUAAAGAGUGUCUUCCUGCCAUUUUGUUCAAGGCUGUUACGAAGCUAAAUUACAAUUUGACAUCGACAGUCAGACAGUCACCGACAUUUGUCAAAAUCUCAAGAAACCAGGAGGUAUGGAUGAUGAUAUGGAAGAUGAGAUCAUUUAUGAAUUGUUCACUGCUCACGCUCACAUCAUCUGGCGUUAUUUAGGGGUAACUACCGCUGGGCUUGCCGAGAUGAUAAUCCCGGGACCAGGCGAGACCUUCAAGACAAAGCUCCUGCAGCCUUGGCCCUUCAUGUUCUUCAUGUUUCUCAUAAUCGUUGCAAGCGUGGUUUUGCAGAGUAGCAGUAAUAUUCUGCGUCAGGUUAUGGUAAAAGCUCACUAUGCCUUGGGACUAGAUAAUGUUGGGAGUGGAGGGUUUAAGACAUUGGGUGACCUGAAUUUGGUUACCACUCUUGGAAACGAUAAUGUAACGUGGGACUUUCAUGAGGGCAUUGCUGGCAUAUACGGAAUGCAGGGCAGAAGGGGCAACAUGGAAGACCGCUAUCGUGUCAUACAAGAUGUUGACGUUGGGGACAAGAAGAUGUCAUUCUUUGGCGUAUUUGAUGGCCACGGAGGACAGUACACGGCAGAAUUCGUGAAGGAACACCUCUUCAAUAAUGUCAUCGAGAAGAUCAAACAGCUCCGGACUCUAGACCCAUGCGACAGGACCAAAAGUUCAAAGGUGAAUGUGCCGCCAAGGAAGGCAUCCCUCAUUUCGGACAAACCCACAAAUGGCAUCAACAAGGAACUGGUCACCAAGAAUGACGAGCCAGAAAAACCUAGUGGCACAAACGAAGAGGCUGUUACAAGUGAAUCCUGCAAAGCGACAGGCAAUCUAAAAGAGGAAGUCUCGAGUGGCACUGGCGUGGAGAACAUCUCAUGUGAAGAGGACCCUGACCCUUCGCCAAUGAAGAAAGAUGACAGCUACUGCACCGUCAGCCUUAAGAAGAGAAAUUCGAUCAUCAGUAACAGCAACUCCAACGGAAACAAGGAGAAGAGAGAAGAACCCUCUGGGGUGGAUGACCUGUACAUUGACAUAAACAAGAAUGUCAACUACACAAGAUUGCUGACAGAUCAGAUUAUUGCUAUCGAUAAUCAGGUUGUGGAAGAGUGUAAAAGUAGAACGGAUAUGUCAGGGACAACAGCUGUGAUUGCAGUUCUGGAUGGGGAACUGCUGAUCAUCGGUAAUGUAGGCGACUCCCGUGCUGUAAUGGGAGAUAUGAAGGGUUCAACCAUCCCCUUGUCAUUUGACCAUAAACCAAAUCAGCUGAAGGAAAGACGAAGAAUUAAGGAAGCUGGUGGAUUCAUCACCUUCACUGGGGUGUGGAGAGUGGCUGGCAUCUUAGCCACCUCACGUGCAUUUGGAGAUUUUCCACUGAAGGAGCCUCGUAAGCUAGUCACUGCCGAGCCUGAUGUUCUUACGUUUAGUCUGCGUGACCAUAAGGCACACUUUGUAAUCCUAGCAACAGACGGGCUUUGGGACGUAUUAACGAAUGAAGAGGCUGUGGCAUAUGUCCGCGAACACAUUCACGAGCCAGAUUAUGGGGCCAAGUCUUUAGUUCUACAUGCGUACUAUAGAGGAUCUCAAGACAAUAUAACUGUUGCUAUUUUAAAUAUAGAAAAGUUAGGAUUGUAAAUUUCUUCAGUAGAUUCAGUAGAUUUGUACAGCUUUCCAAAGAGAAGCAAAUAUAUCUCCAGUGUUGUAUGCAUACUCUUGACUUGACAAUCUUUCCUCAUUAAUCAAUGCUUGAUUUCUCUUAAUUUUAGUUACUUUAUAUACAAAGCAUUCUGCGGCUCAAGCAUUUGCCAAUUUGUUCCAAUAGAUUUGUGCUUUAUAGGAAUUUGGUAAUAUCGCACGUUUUUUUCAAUUGUAGUGAUUUAUAUUAUUAUUAGCUUAUUUAAAAGUGCAUGGAAGCUAAAUCACUAAAUGUAGAACCAGUUGUAUGGUAACGUUUCUGAUAAAACACUUGUUCAGUUGGUCUGAUAAAAAUUCAUACCCUUUGUUCAGGAGAAAAUUCUCUAUUUUCAGGUCAGAGGAAAUAAGAAUCCAAAACAUUUAGAUAGGUCACAGGAAGUGAAGGACAUUGGCAUUGUUAGAUUUAGUACAGAUCUAUGAAAUACUUAACAUCUCUGCCAUAUUGCACAUCACAAACAUUAAACUUACCAGUGAUGAUCUCACACGUGGUUCAGAAUGUUGCAUUUCUUACCUGACUGUCCCUUACCAUAAAUAUAUUUAGAGAAUAAUUGAAAAAUAAAUUAGAAAAGCUGAAAAAUUAAACUCUCCAUUCAUUUCAGUAAUGAAAAGAUUUACAGGGCUAUUUGAUGGUUAUUGUAUCAAGAAAGUCUUUAAAAUAUGCAUAAAUUUGACUAGUAUUUUGAAGAGGUAAACCUUCACUCCAAGAGAGUGUAGAAGUGCCAGUUAUUUCAGUUAAAAGAAUCAGGCAGUCAGCAUUUUUUUUUUCUCCACACUCACCCAGUGUCUUAUUCAAGACUGGUUUUUUAAAGUUAUCAUUUUCGUUGUCAUCAUCAUCGUUUGUUUUGUACAUCAUUGAAAACAUGUUCUAUUUGGAGGUGUAUUUGCUUCAUGUAACAAUAAAGCUCUAUUUAUUUAAUAUGUAAAAUACAGAGUAUUCCUAUUUGCUUUUAGUUCUAGUUGGAUAUAUAAAUCCAUGACAUGUGAUAUGAUCAAUUUUUUUUUUGUUACUGUAGGCAUUUUGUAAUUAGAUUAGAUUAUACAGUAUACUAUAUUAUUUUUUGUUUACUUCAACCUGUUUUUAGCACUGUAUCAUACUAUGUCAUUUUUGUUACCUAUUCUUUUUCUUAGGGCCAUGUUACACUUCACAGUCUCUGAUUACUGUGCGCAAUUUUACUUGUUUGGUACUGCAUUAAUCAAUGUAUUUGACAUCAUGAGGUUUACUAGUCAGUUAUAGCUACUCGGUCUGCAAAACCCCAGAGAAUGUGCUCGAGUGGCACAGCUUUUAGAAUCUGUUCACUGAAUAAUAUCGACUUCGUUUUACAUGCAAGAAGGAUGUAUGAUGUGUAUGGCCACUCAGACAUCACUGUAUAUAUAUGUAUAUCAUUUAGAUGAGUGUGGAAGUGUAUUUUCAAUAUCCACAAACCACCAAGAUGUUCCUUUGGCUGCACACUUUUAACCAUAAAUAUUUAACUAUCAGUAUAUAUAACUUGUAAUUUCUUUUAUCACUCUUACUGAUUCUGUGCAUUGGAUGUUUAUGAUUAUAUAUCUGUGAUGCUGUUAUUCCUGGUUCUAAUCUUCAGUAAUGCCAGAAUGAUUACUGCUCAUUUUCCUCGUUAUCUGUUCUCAUACAUGCAUGCUUACAGCACUUUGAACUUGAACCCAGGGAAUUCAAAACUGUAUCAGCAAAACAAAAGUUUAAUUAUUGUUGUCAUUUUGAACUGUUUAGUUCAUAAAAUUGAUUUUCACAUCAUUAGUACAUGAUAACUUUGUAGGCUUCACAUUUAAAAGUUAAUUCUAUGGUUUUAUGGAGAUGACAAUAAAUUACUAUUAACUUUGA